AUGAAUAAGACUACGGGAGACUUUGAGAACCCAGAGCUUUGGAGCCCAGCUGAUGCCCUGAACACCAGCACUGCACCACCCUCUGCAUUUGGCCAGCAGGCCACAGACAAAGCCCUGAGUGCCAUCCUUAUUGUGGUCCUCUUCAUCAUAAUGGUAUCUUUGGGCUGCACGAUGGAGAUAACCAAGAUCACAACUCAUCUCAGGAAACCCAAAGGGAUAGCAAUUGCCAUAAUGGCUCAAUACGGUGUAAUGCCUUUGACAGCGUUUGCUUUGGGCAAGCUCUUCCAGCUAGGUGCUAUGGAAUCCCUGGCCAUUCUCAUCUGUGGCUGCUGUCCGGGUGGAAACCUCUCAAACAUCUUUAGCCUGGCACUGAAAGGAGAUAUGAACCUCAGCAUUGUAAUGACCACAUGCUCAACAGUCCUGGCAAUAGGACUCAUGCCUCUGCUCCUGUACCUUUACUCGAGAGGACUAUAUGAAGGUGAUCUGGAGAGCAAGGUGCCAUACAAAGGAAUAAUCAUCUCCCUGGUCCUUAUGCUCAUCCCCUGCGCCAUUGGCAUCAUCUUGAAUGAGAAGAAACCACAGUACACUGGCUUUGUCAUCAAGGUCUCUCUAAGUGAUACUUUCAGAUCACUAAGGAAGCUGAAACUUCUAUAUGUUCUCUCUGCAGCCUUCAAGCUUAAUGAUCGAUGCAGGCGGACGGUGUGCAUGGAGACUGGCUGCCAGAACGUGCAGCUUUGCUCUGCUAUACUCAAGGUCACCUUUGCCCCAGACAUCAUUGGUCACCUGUACUUCUUCCCACUCCUCUACUUGAUAUUCCAGCUUGGAGAGGGCCUUCUGCUUAUCCUGGUCUUCAGGAUCCACGAUAGAAUAACAAAACCAAGUGAUGCAGCAAAAAUGGCCUGCACAGCUAUCACCCAAGACACAGACAUCACUCAAGAAAUAAAACCAGUACCUCACAGAAACAGUGAGGAAACAGGAAAACAUUACGGAAAUUCUGUGUACCAGCAGCUCUCACAAGCCCCUCGAGCUUUGCCUUCUGCGGAAGGCUUACAAGCCGCCCCCAGCACCGUGUAA